AUGGCCGGGAUCGAGCGCCGAGCAGCAGCGGCAGCGACGGCCCUCCUUCAUGGUGCAGACCUCGACGAAGUACAAGCGCUGCUGACGUCCGCCCCGUUCUUGCUGGCGCACAUGGUCCGCCGAUGGGCGACGCACGAGCCAAAGGCGGUGUCGAGCGCGCGGCUCUUGCUAACGCUGGCCUCGCCCGCGCAAUUUCGGGUCGUUGUGACGGCGCUUGCUCCCAAGCAGCAGCUUGAGCUGCUGGCACCGCCGCUACUGCCCAUCGACCUACGCCUGCGCGUGCUCUCAACGGCCCUGGAAGACGCGGCGCCGCUGGCGUGGGUCCAAGACGCGUGCUUCCUCUUGGAACGCGAACCCAGCGACUCGUUCGGAUUGGCUCGUCGCGACAACGUGCUUCGGUUGACCGAUCAGCUACGAGCCUACGGACCGCAGUCGGAGCAGGUCGGCGCAACGCUCGAACGACUCGUCGCCAUCGGGUGCCCGCCCACGAACGCUCCUGCCACCCCGCUGUCGCUACCCGCAUUGCGUCUUCCGAUGGAUGUUAUUUAUGCCAUGACAGCGCCCACAACAGGGCUCUGUCCCGUCCACGUACGCAGGCUGCGGACGCUCGCCGCGUCGGGCCCGACCGCUCUUAGCGCCGUCGUCGUCCUCGCGUGGGACAUGGAUACGUUCUGCAAGGACCACCUCGAGGCGCCAGUGCUCGGGCACGGCGCAAAACUCGUUCAGCGCACGGCGUCGCACCUGCAGCUGUGCCUCUCGUCGCUGCUGGACGCCUUUCUGGAAGCCGCGGCGCUCGAGCGCAGCGGCGCCCGCCGCUUCCUGGCCGGUCGUCGACGCUGGGCGCAUGCCCUGCUUUGCCAGCUCUUGCGAGCCACUGACGCGUCAUGGUCGACGCGCCAGAGCCCGGCUGCGCAUCUCGCGGACGCCAUGGCGCACCUCGCCCGCGUCUACGCUGCGUGGUCGAUCUCUGACGCGCUACAUGCCGUGUACGACCUCGUCUUGGGCGCCGAGACGACAACGCCCAGCGAUGCGUUCUGGGUGGCUGCGCUCGGCGUCGGCGCCGAGCUUGUGCACCACCAAAACGAAGCAUCGUACUUGCCGGUCCAAAACUACCUCGUCACGCGGGCGGCGUCCUUGGUGGUGUCCCGUGGCCGCCACAUUGACCUCGAGAACUCGCACCGGCUCGUGUUGGACGACGCGGCGCUCGCCAUAUCGACGACGAAAGAGGCUCUGCCGCCCCGCGUUUGGUCGCGCGUCCUCCACGCCUGUCUCUUGCGCGGCGAGGAGGAGACGGACUGGAUUCGCUGCGUGGCCAUUGACGAUUCGGUGCUGAGCGACGCGUGCGUGGAUGCGCCCCACGUCGCAUUGGCUUUGGCGACCGCCGUCGCGACGCAGCUCUCGUACCCCCGCGGGCGCGCGCUGCUAUGCCACCUUCUCGAUCGAAAUCGAGCGAUCGGAAGCGUCCGCGGACCGUCGUGGCCCAGUCGCGUGCUGCUGGCCGACGUUCUCGGGGACGUCACCUUUGAUGACGCGUGGACGAGCCACUCGAACGCACUUGUGCGCUUCUUCCUCUCGUUCGUGCACGACGGUCACGACGGCAAGGCGCUCUGGGCGCGCUGCUGCGCGGACGACAACCAGUUUCUGGACGCGCUCUUUUUCAGUCUCGUCACCUCGUCGCUGAAAACGUCCGAUCGUCGCAACUGGACGCGUCUAUGGAACCAGAUUGUCUUGUGGCUGCGGCAGACGGGGUCGGUGGUCGCCGAAGCGUGGGCGAGCCACCUGGUGCCGCCGUCCACGCUUUUGGUCGCGUACGGCGAGCGGUACACGAAUCCGAACGCGAACGGUCUGCCCAUGUCCCGGCUGCGGCUCGAGACACUUUUGCGCCACGCCCUCGAGACCGAUAUGCCGCUCGACUUGCGUGCGCUCACGGCCUUUCUUCUGCACACGGCGGUCCACUGCGUCGAUGCGUCGCAUCUGGACCACUUUACCCACGGCGUCACCUCGAUACGCGGCUGGCUGCUCGACGAGCACUGGAGCAACGUGCUACAGACCGCGCUGACGCGCAUCUCCAUAUCGGAGCUCCCCAACUGGAUUUGCAUCACAGCCUCGUGGCCCGACUUGCCGUGGGCCCGCGUCUUGGAGCGACCGCACGUCUCGGCGGCACUUGUUACGUUGCUGUGGCAGGCCCCGGCGCACGCGGCGACGCUGCAGCAGUGGUUCAGCCUCCCCGCGCUGCGCUCACUGCCCAUCACGUCGUGCAUCAUCCAUGCAGCGCGACAGUCCAUGCUGCUUGGCAGUCACGCCUCGUGGAAUGCCUUUGCGGCGACGCUGGCACGAUCGGUCGUCGUGCCGACGAAGGCUGCGUCAACGGUCGGCGGCUCCCUCUCCACGCCGUACGUGGCCUUGGACUGUGCGUCGUGGGUCACGCUCCUCGCGUAUUGCGACGACCCUCGGCUCGCACCUAUCGUCCAUUGCACGCUCAUGCAGCAGUACUUGCCGAGUGAAUGCAAAGGCGACAUUGAUGCACUCGGCCAAGCGAUUCUGACCGGCGUUCUGCGACUAUCGCUGGCGCAGAAGCGACUGCCAUCCUGGUUAGCGUCGCCGUGCCACCUUGUGUGCACAUCCUCGGCGCUGCACCCUUGCUCGUGGCUCCUCCGGUCGCUCAAGCGCAUCGCGAUGGCUACCGCGCCCAUGGACCCCGCACAACUUUCCACGGCCAUGAUGGCAGCGAUUGAUGCGCUCUUCCUCCCGCAUGUGCUCAAGACGGCGAUUACGACGCAGCCCAGUGCGACCCAGUGGCUACUACUGGAGGUGCGCCAGGCGCUGCACGCGCACGCUGUCUUUCGCAGCGUCGGGCUCGGCCCGCUCCUCGUCAUGUGCCUCGUGCUGGCCUUUGUGGUUCAUGUGCCACCGACCGAUGUCGUAAGCGCCUUUGAAGCGCGGACACACGCGCUUCUCCAGCGCGAUACGGACAUCCGGACGAUGCUCUCGGACCUAUCAGUCGACACCCUCGUCGCCAGCUACUGCGCCAUGUCGUCGGCCAAAGCAUUUGCGUUUCUCGCCCGCUUACGAAGCACCCACGUGCCCGUCGUCUCGGACGAGCCUCUCGCCAAGCGGCCGCGGAAAGAGAGCGCGCCGCCGCUUCUGUGGUCGAACCUGCUCCAGGAGGACUCGUGGCGCUGUGUGCUUUCGACCGAGUUUGAGAAGGCCUACAUGCGACGGCUCGCGGCCUUCUUGGCACUCGAAGCAGAGCGAGGGCACGAAGUGUGUCCGCGCGUUCCCAAUCUCCUGGCGGCGUUUAACGCAUGCCCGCUCGAGAGCGUCCGCGUUGUUGUUCUCGGCGCCGAGCCGUACGCCUCUGUCGACAAGGCGACGGGGUUGUGCUUUGGAUUGCCGCCAACCGCCUCUGUCUCGACGAGCCUCCAAGCUCUCUAUGGCGAACUCGUUCGGGACUUGAAGCUCCCGCAUGCACCGAGCGCGUCACUGCAGUCGCUAGAAAGCUGGGCCAAGCAGGGUGUGCUAUUGCUGAAUGCAGUGCUGAGCGGCUGGGAGCUCUUUCUCGAGGCCGUGCUGCGCCUUCUCAACCGGUUGACGUCCCACAGCGUGUUUCUGCUUCUCGGCGCCGCAUUGCCGAAGCGAAAUGUCCUCAUCAACGGCGCCAAGCACCUCCUGCUCGACUGCAACGACGGCGUUAGCGGCUCGCACUGCUUUUCAAAGAUCAAUGCGUACCUCGAAAAGCACGGUCGCGGCCGCAUCGAGUGGGUUCCGAGAUCUUAG